AUGAGAGAAGCACAACUCAGCAGGCCUCCUCCCUGGUCUGCUUCUAGCGACGUUCAGGACGACAUUCAUAUGCCAUGUGGGCAGGGAACGCAACUUACCACGCGCGCGGGCAAGUCACGGAUUGGAGAGGAAUCGUCGAACCAUGUGGCAGCAACAUGUUUGUGGGUACUGGAGAAGGCUACCUCCGUUCAGGCCUUUGAGCAGGACUAG